CACAUUCAAUUCUCCCUUUUCGAAUUCUCCUGCUAAAACCGUCGCAUGUCCACCAUUUGGUAAUAUCAACAUAUUUUAGAAGUCCAAAUUCAACAAAUUAUUAGUGAUGAAACUAAGAAAGAACACGCCUAUUACUACUAAUUCACGAACAAACAACAGUACCCAAAAUCUGAGUCUUUCUCAAGAUGGCAAUGAGAAGAAGAAAACCCACAUCCCAAAAUCGAGAUUUUCACUCAAUAAGGUAUUUUUAGCAUGUCUGGUUACAAGAGUAGUCAAUGCUUUAUUGAUACAGACAUAUUUCAACCCGGAUGAACAUUGGCAAGCUCUUGAAGUUGCUCAUAAGCUCACUUUUGGAUAUGGGCAUUUGACAUGGGAGUGGAAUAGGGGUAUCAGAAGUUAUCUGCAUCCUUCAAUAUUUGCUCUUCUUUAUAAAGUUCUCGCUUUUUUGCAUCUUGACACCCCCUGGUUCAUGAUGAAGGCUCCUCGAUUAUUACAGUCUAUAUUUUCUGCCGUUGGUGACCUUUACUUGUACAAGCUCUCCAAGAUUUUGUUUGGUGAACAUGUUGCAAGAUGGGCUCUCUUUGCACAGUUGGCAAAUUGGUUCAUAUUUUUCUGCAUCACACGCACGCUAUCUAAUACUUUGGAGACCGUUCUUACACUGGUGAGCCUUUAUUACUGGCCCUGCAUACGCACUUCUUCCGGCGAAGAUCCCUUGGCACCAAGAAGCUGGGGGCUGGCUCUAGCUGCAUUAGCAUGUGCUAUUCGCCCUACAAGUGCUAUUAUAUGGAUUUAUGUUGGCCUUCUAGAGCUGUUCUCGACACUCCAUAGAGUAAAAUUCAUUUUUGUGGAGGUGAUUCCUAUUGGGGGGUUGGUGCUUGGACUCACCUUUCUGUUGGAUCGUAUGAUGUACGGCUCGUGGGUUUUUGUGCCUCUUAAUUUUCUUAAGUUCAAUUUUCUUUCUUCCGGUGGAGACUAUUAUGGAACUCAUCCAUGGCACUGGUACUUCACUCAGGGUUUCACAGUCAUGGUUUUCACGUUCCUACCAUUUGUGGUAGCUGGCAUUGUCAUCUCUAAGGAAUGGAAGCUGUCUGGGCUUAUUGCCUGGGUAGUAGGGAUUUACAGUAUACUAGGUCACAAAGAAUUCAGGUUUGUACUCCCUGUGCUUCCAAUAGCUUUGAUGUUCUCUGCUGUGGCAUUGGCCAAAUUGGGCAAGACUAAUGUGUCAUACGGCCAAAAUAAAGCUUCCCAAAGUGCUGCUACAAGAUCUUCUAUAAAGACAAAACUAGCUGUACUUUUCCUUCUUGGUACCAAUCUUCCAAUGGCACUUUAUAUGAGUAUGGUUCAUCAGCGAGGAUCUGAGGAUGUGAUGUACUAUCUUUCGAGAGAGGCUGUCAAUGGAGAAAUCACAAGUGUUCUUUUCCUGACACCCUGCCAUGCUACACCAUACUACUCAACCCUACACCAUGACAUUCCCAUGCGUUUCUUGGAUUGCACGCCAAGUGAGGAAAAAGGAUAUCUUGACGAGUCUGACAAAUUCAUGAUGGAUCCAGUUGGUUUCACUUCAGAAUUUGCAAAGAAUUGGUCCAUACCAAGUCACAUCAUCCUAUUCGAUUCACAGGAAAAGCUAUUAAAGGAGUUUCUAGCUUCACAUCAAUUUCAUGAGAUAAAAAGGUUCUUCCACGCUCACUUCAAGGUCGAUAGGGAUCUUCAGGCAUCCGUUGUUUUAUAUGCUUUUAGAGGCCACUGAUUUUGUAGAUUUUGUACCCCACUAAAUUUGUAGGAUGUUGCACCUCAACCUUAUUGCGUGACGCCAACAUUGUAUUUACUUUUAUUUUGUGCUUGUAUUCUUCUUUUUGGGACGAAGAACUCCUAGUGUUCAGCUGUUGGAGAAUUUAGGAGAUUUUUUUUUUAACAAUUUUCAUUUCUUCAAGUAGGGUAUCAGAGGAAAAACAUGAUAUUUAUGUCUUUUGUUUUGAUUA